AUAAAUAAUGGCGGAGACUGAAGAAAGUCAGAGAAUUGAGUAAACAAUUGAGAAAGGGUGUGAAGGGUAUGAAGAAUGCUCUAUAAAAAUAGGCCUGAAUUUGUGAAAGUGCUUGCACAGGCUAACACCUUCACCAGAACGAGAAAAGUAAGACUGGUGAGUUUGUGUUUGUGAGUUCUUGACUAUAUUAUGCGCUCGAUAGCCAACUGCUUUUGCUUGUCAAAAGCCAAAAACCCGCCCGGGUUUGAGGAGCACACAAUUCUUGCUUCUGAGACAACAUUUAAUGUAAAUGAAGUAGAGGCGCUGUAUAUCCUGUUCGAACAGCUAAGCAGUUCCAUAGUUGAUGAUGGCCGAAUCCACAAAGAAGAAUUCUUGCUUGCACUUUUCAAUUGCAGCAGCAAGAAGAAUAUUCUUGCAGAAAGGUUGUUUGAGCUGUUUGAUCUUAAACGUAAUGGGGUAAUUGAAUUUGGAGAAUUUGUUCGUUCAUUGAGUAUCUUCCAUCCUGAUGCUCCAGAAGCAGAUAAAAUAGCAUUUGCAUUCAGAUUGUAUGACCUCAGGCAAACUGGCUAUAUAGAACGAGAAGAGUUGAAAGAAAUGGUACUGGCUACUCUGAGUGAAUCAGACUUGUCCCUUUCAGAUGAUGAUGUUGAAGCAAUAGUUGACAAGACACUCCAGGAGGCAGACUUAAAUGGAGAUGGAAAAAUUGAUUUAGAAGAGUGGAAGAAAAUGGUGGCAAAGUAUCCUUCUCUUAUAAAGAACAUGACUCUUCCGUAUCUAAGGGAGAUUACUCUGGCUUUUCCAAGCUUUGUUAUGGAGACCGAAGUCCCAGACUCAGAACUAGUCUGCUGAAACCGGACAAAUUCUGUGAGGUAUUGGCAUACGGAAGUUAGCACUUCAGAGGAAACAAAAAUAGUAAGAACUUAGGUUUUAUCUUAGUACACCAUUCACCACUGUUGUACUGAUUCAAGUGUAUAAUUCUGUAUUUCCCAUGUUUUUGGAAAAUGCACAUGGAUAUUGCAAAGUUAGGACUACAAUACUGUUCUAUUGUUUACUGAUUGUAAUUCUUUUGCUGCCAGUAAAAUGUAAAAUUCGUUUUUAUUCUCGAUGAUAUAUACAGUACUUCUUAA